AUGAAGCCAGUGCUGUUUCUGCACUACCUGCUGUUGACUUGCCUAGCACCCCAACUGGUGCCUGGAAGCCCCCAGGAAUAUAUUCUGAAGUAUAUUUUGGAACCUCCACCCUGCAGAACGGAGCCUGGAAAUUGUACUCAGUUCUGUACAAUGCAGGAAGAUUGCCCAGAAGGACUUCAGUGCUGUUCUGCUUUCUGUGGGAUAAUCUCACUCAUCAAGCACUUGAUCCUAUGCUUGACCUCAAGGAGAAACAUCAAUCAGGUGCUAGACAGCAUCCUGCUUGGGGCCAGCCUGCAAGGCUUCAUGGCCACAUUGUGA